UUAUCUACCUAUUAUUUUGUCAACAUUAUUAAGGACAAGUGGUAGAAAAUGAUUUAUUAAUCUACUUGUUCAUUUACUGUUAAUAUCUGCUUACUUUCUCUUUUAACAUGUUCUAUCUACACUUCUGUUAAAAUGUAGUACUUGUCAUAUAAGUUGCAUAUAUAUGUAUGUGCUGCUGUUGCUUUAAUGACGUUGCGACAGCUGCCGUAAAGGAGGUGCGUUGCUAGCCUGGUUGCUAUGGUUUUGCGGUGAGUCGUAAAAGUGUUCGUCACAUGUUUUGUACCCUGCUAAAAUCUGAGUAAAGUUAUUCACUGGAUAUACCUUUUGUUUUUGAACUUUAUUACAUGGUGUCAGAAGUAACGGACAAUCACGUCGCAGCAAGGAAAUGGCCAAAUUUAAUCCUCCGGAUAGUUUUGCGUUCGACCGACCAAAUGAAUGGGGAGAUUGGAAACAACGUUUCCAACGGUAUCGCAUAGCAACAAAACUAGCAAAGGAGGACGGCGAAGUACAGGUCAGUUGCCUGAUAUAUGCUAUGGGUCCAGAGGCUGAAAACAUUUUCAAGUCGUUCACGUUGUCAGAGGAUGAUCAGAAAAAGUUUGACGUUGUGUUAGGAAAAUACGACGAGUACUUUUAUCCCAAACGGAACGUGAUCCACGAGCGCGCAUGUUUCUACCAGAGAGGACAGCGGCCCAGUGAGAAAGUUGAAAUGUUUAUAAGAGCUCUAUAUGAUUUAUCCGAACACUGUGACUUUGGAGCAGCGAGGGACGACCACAUUCGUGACCGCAUAGUUGUGGGUAUUGUGGACAAAGACCUGUCGCGCAAACUGCAGCUGGAGGCUGGUUUGACGCUAACCCAAACUAUACAGACUGUUCGCCAGUCCGAAGAGGUGAAUGCACAAGUGCACCAGCAACAAGGAGAGGCGUGCACGGCGGUGCAGGAGAUCGCCCGCGAACGUGGGAAAUUUGCAUAUAGAGAAAAACAACAGUGGAGAAAUAGAAGGGAAAGUGGACAGCAAGAAGCACCAAAAAUGCCUAAAUGUGGCAGAUGUGGAAAAAUACAGCACAAAGACCAUGAAAGGUGUCCAGCUCUGAAAUCGACAUGCCACAAAUGCAAAAAGGUGGGUCACUGGGAAAUUAAAUGUCAUACAAAGGCAGUCAGAGAAGUGACAGAGACAGAACCUGUCUCACAGACUCCAUACUUUCUAGGCGCAGUCACCAAUAUAAACAAAAAUAAUGACAAGUGGACUGUAAAGAUUGUAAUUGGAGUGACACCAGUUACAUUUAAAAUUGAUACUGGGGCAGAUCUAAAUAUUAUGGAAGAAGAGACAUUCAACAUGUUAUGCCCUAAGCAGCAACUGGUGCAGUCAAAUAUCCCACCAAUGAGCAGUCCUGGGGGUCAGCUGAUAUGUGUGGGGAAGUUUCAAGCUAAUGCAAAAUACAAAGAAAAGCACUACUCAUUCCCAGUGUAUGUCAUCCGCUGCUUAACUGCAAACAACCUGCUGGGCAGAGACACAGCAUGUGCAAUGGGGCUGGUGAAGCGCAUUGAAGAAGUGCACAGUGCAUUUGGAGAACAUGGAACUCUCAAAACAGACCCAGUUAAAAUACUUUUAAAGGACAAUGCUGAGCCAUAUGCAGUGUAUACAGCCCGCAGGGUACCACUGCCUCUUAUACAGAAGGUCAAAGAGGAGCUACUGCGUAUGGAGAAAAAUGCUGUAAUUGAAAAAAAGUGA